AUGGAUCCAUUGGAAGAAGAUUUUGCAUUUAAAUAUUUUACAAAAGGUGCACCAAUAAAAGUUGAAAGUGUAUUAAAUUUUGACUUAAAAGAACAUUUAAAAUCGCCAUACUUGUGGACGACAAUUGUGGCAGGACUUGGUUUGGCUUAUUAUUUUUUAACAUCAGAUGAUGAAAUUGGUAUAGGACCAGCAGGUGCCUUUGAGAAUAAUAAUGCUGAAAAUGGUGUAGAUAAUUUUAAUCAAUACAAUUAUAUAAACCAAGAUGUCAUUCCACCACCACAACAACAACAACAACAACAACAACAACAACAACAACAACAAAAUAACCAUAUCCAUCAUAACCAUAACCAUAGCCAUAAUAAUAAUAAUCAUCAUAACCAUGUUCAACAAACUACUACAACAACAACUACAACAACUACAACUUCAUCUUCAUUCUUACCAAUAACACCACCUCCACCAUCAAAUGUUCAACAUGUAAAAUUAAAGAAUAAAAAUGGUGAGCCAUUACCUUUGGAGGAACAAAAUCUAUUACUAUUAAGAGAGAAUUCAAAUCUUAGAGGUGAAAAUAGAGACUUGCGUGUUUGGGUUGGUAAUCAAAUUAACAAUAUAAACGAUAGAAUGGAAAAGAUGCAAACUGAUUUGGAGCGUGAAAAAUUUUGUCAUAUUUGUGAAGAAAAUGAAAAACAAGUAUGUUGGAGAGAAUGCGGUCAUCGAUUAUGCGCAAGAUGUGCAACAUUAAUUAAGAAAACCUCACAUCCACAAUGUUCAAUUUGUAGAAAACUUGUAUCCGAUUUUUAUUUAGCUUGGAAUACUUAA